CAGAUUCGUGUAUAGAGUAAUCACUUCCGUAAACAAGCGCAGUUUCUCCGAAUGUAGUUUGAGAUCGGCCAGGAUAGUCAUGCCAUUUUUAGGACAGGAUUGGCGAUCUCCAGGUUGGAGUUGGAUGAAAACUGAUAAUGGAUGGAAAAGGUGUGAUUUUUACUGCAAUGAGUUUGACAGUGACACCAACUUCAAUGUCCAAUUAUUAAAUGUUAACCAGGACAUAUACCCACCAGAGAAGUGUGAAUCUUCUGUUAAAAAGCGGAAAAAGGAACAAUUCAACAACACUACAAAAUCACAAUACUUUUUUCGGGAGAAAUGGAUUUAUAUACAGAAAGAAAGUACAAAACAAAUACAUGGUUACUGUACCCUUGGAGAAGCUUUUAAUCGCUUAGACUUUUUAAGCGCAAUUCAGGACAUCAGAAAAUUCAAUUACGUUGUCAAAUUGCUGCAGUUGAUUGCAAAAUCCCAACUCACAUCACUAAGUGGAGCAGCACAAAAGAAUUAUUUUAACAUUUUGGAAAAAAUUGUUCAAAAAGUUUUAGAAGAUCACUAUAACCCACGCUUAGUCAAAGAGCUUCUGGAGGAUCUGAGUUCCACCCUUUGUAUUCUGAUUAGAGAAGUUGGCAAAUCUGUUUUAGUUGGAAAUAUAAACAUUUGGAUUUGCCGGCUGGAAACUGUUCUUUCAUGGCAGCAGCAACUGAUGAACCUCCAAAUAACCCAGGUACAUUUCAACAGUGGCCUUACUCUGUGUGAUCUUCCUCUUGCUAUGCAAAACAAUAUCAUAUACAGAUUUGCAGAUGCCUGGGACAUAAUCAACCUAGGAGAAGUCACCCCAACUUUGCACUUAUUGAGUGAAGACAGUUAUCUUUGGAAACAACUCUGCAAGUAUCAUUUUGCUGAGAAAAUGUUUUGCAGGCAUUUGAUCUUUUCGGAAACAGGACAUGUUGACUGGAAGUUAAUGUUCUUUACACUUCAGAAAUUCUAUCCAAAAAGGGAACAGUAUGGGGAUACUUUGCAUUUCUGUAGGCACUGCAGCAUCCUGUUCUGGAAGGAUUACCAACUUGCGCUCUUGUUUAAGGAUACGGGACAUCCCUGCACUGCUAAUGAUCCGGGAAGUUGUUUAAUUCCUGUUUCCCCCCAGCACUUUAUUGACCUCUUCAGAUUUUAAAUGCACUAUGUUUUGCUUGUUUUCAAAUUCUAUUUAUUUGUUCUGCGUCCUAGUAACAUUGCACUUUCAAGAUGUAGUAAAAAACAAACCUGUACCUUACUAGUAAUGAUAAAUGGCACUUUCAGUGGUUGAUUGUAACAUUUUGUAACUGUAUAAUUAACUAAGACAGCAGAAGUUAUUUUUUCUGAUGUUAAAUGGUACAAGUUGAAGAGACCAAUAUAAUUUUAAUAUUUUUUUUUUUAUUGUAAAUGGAAAUAUAAUUUCUGCAUAUAAUGUACUGUUAUUGCUUAGGACUGUUUAGAUUUUUAGACUCUAAAAUGUAUGUUUACUUGCGCAAAUACAAGUCAUUUAGGGAUAGACCGCUAAGCACAUUGCAACAGGAAUAUAUAGCCGCAAAGUUCUCAUAAUAUAUUAUGAAUCUCCAUAAAAUAAGAAAGCCUUUCUUUACCUAUUAUUUUGUCUCUUGCAAGGGUAUGUUAGUAAAUGCAAGUAGACUAUGCAACAACAGGUUUAUUGUACAAGUAUAAUACAUAUAAUUAUGUAAACAUGUUAAAUUAGUGUCAGUUUCAUCAGGAUAAUGAAACAUGAGAAUUUAAUACUUUUUUUAAGACUAUAAAAUCAAGUUGAAGGGGGCAGGGAAGUAGUGCGUUAAAAGGACAGUUAACUACUUGAGAUUUGUAAAUAAAACAUUUAGUUAUGCGUAGUGAAAAAAA